CCGCAUACCUGACCUCUUUAUUAAAGAUGAGUUUCGGAGCACCUGCUGGUGUGGAAACAGUGUCCAUACCACACAUGUUGGAACUUAUAGGAGUAUCCCAUAGUGGACCCAUUGUGCCCAACAAGUCUUCAUGUUGGUCCAAAGUGACCGGUUCUAUAGCAUCGGGACUUAUACUUAAAGAUAUAUCAUGCGAGGUACACUCGGGAGAAGUGAUGGCUAUAUUAGGAAGUAAAGGGUCGGGUAAGAAAGCACUGAUCGAUGUGAUGGGCCAUCGUGUGAGUCAGGGCAGCACAAGGGGACAGAUUCUGUUGAACGACGUUCCGCUCACUUUACGCCUAUUCCAAGAACAGUGCGGUUUUGUCUCGAAAAGGACUCAACACAUCGAAGGACUCAGUGUUCGGCAGACGUUGAGCUAUAUCUCGCAGAUGACAAUCAGAGGCAACCGAGCGCUCAAACGCGGACGAGUCAAACAAGUGUUGGCAGACCUGGCGCUCAGCAGUGUCUCCAAGAGAGAUGUCACUGAUCUGAAUGUCUCCGAACAGAAACGUCUGGCGAUUGGCAUUCAAAUGAUUAGAGACCCUCUUCUGCUAAUACUAGACGAUCCGACCAAAGAUUUGGAUCCACUUAACACUUACUUCGUUGUAUCCAUUCUAUCAAAUCACGCCAAGAAGUACCAGAGAAUAGUAGUGCUCACAAUGGAUAAGCCACGGUCUGACAUCUUCCCAUUCCUCGAUCGCGUCACUUACCUGUGUCUGGGAGAUGUUGUCUACACCGGAAGCACCAGAAUGAUGAUCGACUACUUUCGAGGAAUUGGUUUUCCAUGUCCUGAGUUAGAGAAUCCUCUCAUGUAUUACCUUUGUUUAUCAACUGUCGACAGAAGAAGUAGAGACCGAUUCAUAGAAUCUUCGGCACAGAUCGCAGCUCUGGUCGAUAAGUUCAAAGUGGAGGGACACGAGUACCGCAAAUACAUGGGUCCUCCCCCUCAGGUUCCGGUCAACAUUCCUCUGACGGCAUACGGAAGGGCUUCCUCUUGCAAAGUGAUGACGUCCUUAAUAUCGCGACAAUUCAUGUCUGCCUUCACUCUCAGAAGACUAUUCAUCCGUUUACUGGUAAUCCCUCUGUUUUGUGCAUUGCUUUACUGCUUCAUCGCCCCGGCCUUAGACAACACACAGAACUCAUUUCAGUCACGGAGUGGUCUCCUCUUCAAUGUGUUGUCUGCCAUCACUUUUAUCGCUCCGGCGAUCACCGCUUAUAACUUCGCUUCGCAUCGAAAUCGAUUCUAUGAGGAGUCCUCCCGUUUGGCUCUAUAUAGGGGUCCCGUCUUUAUAAUCACACAAAUCAUAGCCAACCUUCCCAUCAAUGUGCUGACUGUAUGGGCGGCCGGAACUGUUAUCUACCUGUGCGCCCAACUACGCUAUGAUGACUACUGGCUCGAGAGGUGGAGUAUAUUCUGUGCCAUAAUUUGGGCCAUUUAUGCGUUCACUGAACAGCACACCAUUGCUGUGAUGUGUUUUGUCAAAUCUCCGUUCACUGCGGCCGUCACUACCAUAUACUGCCUGUCCUUCCUUCUUGUGCUCGGAAGCACUACUUUGAGGUCUAUGUUGGCGGCACCCGAUUGGCUCUAUUACAUCAACUUUGUCAACAUAUACUACUGGUCCGGUUGGACACUCCAUUUCAAUGAGUUCCAGGACAACGAGGCUCUCGUCAGAACCCCAUUCAUCGCUGAGAACUCGACGAUCGAGAUAAGUAAGGCUCUCGUCAGAACCCCAUUCAUCGCUGAGAACUCGACCAUCGAGAUGUGUUUGGCGAACAUAAUCCCCGGUAAAUGUGUUUUCCUCAAUGGAAACCAUUUUCUCGAUCAACGCCUUAAAGAAGUCAAAGACAUCCCCGAGUGGUCUCUCAUUCAUUGGAAGAAUUUUGCCUUCAUUUACAUAUUUGUCAUCGCUUUCUAUCUCAUCAAUACAAUCGUGUAUAUGAUUCCUCUGCCGGCUUCUCUUAAGUCUAAGUUUCGCGAUUGA